AUGUCUGCAGAGUCAAGUCUGCCGCAGGCUAGUCCCUCACAAGCUGGGCUAUAUUGUCCGAAUCCUGAGAGAGAUCGGUCGGGGGUCCCGGGAGGGAUGAUAGGAAAGGCUGACACCUAAGGACCCAGAUCUUGGACAAAAGGUUCAAUGGACUCUCCUUGCUAAUGGGUCACCCCCUCAGUUGUGGUGCCUGUCACUGUGCUAGCCAUCCAAAGGUACCUUUUACAGGAUGAGCCAGGCUGCGCAGGGCCCAAGCCUCCACUUUACUGCUUUGAUGUGACAAUCUUGGACAAAGUGUACUGGGAGAAAUGCUACAUGGAUCCGAGUUUAAACUGUCUUAUACACCAUAAUUAUCUUAAUGUUGGCAUAGACGAAAUUUACAGAGUACCUGUCUUUAAAAUGAGGAAAAAGUUAAGCCAGGGAAUCCAAUGCAUACAUGGCAUCCACUGCAGGGAGCUAGAUGCCAAAUCAUUAAAAACUCCCUUCAGAAAUAGAGCACAAGAAGAAAAACCAAAGAACUUAAGGGGCAGAAAGAGUCCUUACUUGGCACUGCGGAAUAACGAAGAUCCGUGUGGAGAUACCUGGUUAACCAACUAGCAACUUGAGGAAGACAAUUUAAGCAAAUUACUCUUUUGCAGUGAGUUGCUCUUGACAGCUAUAAGUGAAGUGAAGAAAAAGACUGAAGACUUGCAGUAUACGGAACAAAAGCACAUUAUAGUUCAGGGAAUAAUUACUGUUAAGGAAUAUAUUCCCCAUAGCUGUGCAACUGAAAGUGCCUCAGCAUCAGAAACACUUCAAGUAUGUAAUCAACCCUCCACAUUUCAAGCAGCUAGAAGAAAAGGUCAUAGAGAAGAGAGAGUUGCAUCAAGACGACAGACCUGCAAGUUCUCACUUUCAUUAAUUUUCCCAAGUAUACAUGAUCUUCCUGUGUCCUUUAGCCCUACUUUUAACCUUUUCCUGUCCUUCUAUUUCUCUGUCUCCCUGCUCCCAACUCCUUCUAAGUCUUCAUCCCAGAGGAGUACUCAAAGCCUUGGACAUAUUGAAUUAACAAUCCUACAUAAUAUGAACUGUGAGAUAGCAAUUGAUGCUGCAUUCCUACCCAUGUAUUGCUCAGAAGAUAUCCAGACAUCUCAAAAUAACAUGUUGUUGAACUGCAUGAAUUAUGGCUAUGUAUAUUCAGUAGCAGUAACUGGCAAUGACCAAUUGCCAGGCCCUAGAGCACUUGCAAAUGAUAUUAUAAAAGCAGUAGCUGAACUGGAUAGAGUAUAUAUUUUUGGUAUCUUCGAUAUCUGUAAUUUGGGUAACAACAAUGUAAAACUAUACUUACAAAAAAUUUAUAGUCCAGAAACAUACUUCUUAAAAUUCAUAAAUUAA